CACCGCUGCGUGCAGUCAGCUCCGGGGAGCUUCUCCCUCCAGAGCCCCAUCAACUCGCCUUCAGCUUGGCGUGCAACUCUUCCACCUUCCUUUGCAGGCUCGCUGGGAGACAUCUCCAAAUCCUUUGUCGAUCUCACUGACCCCGAUGAAGUCAACAGCUAUUUUGCCUUCAACGUCACCUCGGCGCUUUGUCUCACCUCCACCGCCCUGAAAGCCUUCGGGAAGCGCCCCGGCGUCAGCAGGACGGUCGUGAACAUCUCUUCGCUCUGCGCCGUGAAGCCCUUCAAGAACUGGGCGCUGUACUGCAGCGGGAAGGCCUCCCGGGACAUGAUGUUCCAGGUCCUGGCACUCGAGGAGCCCGACGUCCGCGUGCUCAACUACGCGCCGGGUCCUUUGGACACGGACAUGCAGCUCUUGGCCCGGACCAAAACCGGGGACCCUGAGAUGCGUCAGUAUUUCCAGGGCCUUCAGGAGAGCGGGCAGCUGAUAGACUGCGCCGUGUCGGCCCAGAAGCUGGUGAAGCUCCUGGAAGAGGACACCUUCUGCUCCGGCGCCCACGUGGAUUUCUACGACGUCUGAGCUGCCGGCCCUUCGACUCUCGCCUUCGGGCUUUGCUUUCCGCUUCUGUCUGCUGAGCUGCGUCUCUGGUGCCUCCUGUCUCUGCAGCGUGCUCGCCGCCCGGGCUCGAGCGCUGGGGUGCUGCGCAGCUUUUCGGAGCAGCUCUCGGGGCGCCUUAGCAGUUCUUGUAGUGCCCCAGGGCGGACGGGGGAAAUCAUUGCUUCACUGUGCCGUCAGUGCUGAGCUAGAGCCCGGGUUACGCGUCCUCGGGCCCCGGGGAGGGCUUGCGAUUCCCACCCGAGGACCUUGCGGCGUAGGUCUUGUCCUACCUGACCACGCCACUGGGUUCGCUGAGCCCUGACCCGCAGCAGCCUGCCGGAGCAGGGAUUUCACAGCCGUUGGAGACGGGAGGGCAGAGGGGGUGCCAACAGCUUACCCGACCUCUCCUGCUGCUGCUCGAGGAAUUGUCCCUGGGCGAGAGUUGUGCUUUAAGAUGUGGGGAUAAAAAAAAACCCUUUCCCCACCCUAGAAAUGCACACUCUAGAAAUGCCCAGCGUCCCCUUCCCGGCAGCAACAUCCCCGCAGUCCUCUUCUGUCUCAGCCCCUUGCUUCAGAUUUUUGUCUACCCUGAUCUACUGUCAUUAAAUAUGUCAUGCGUGGUCUGGGCUGUCUGCUGUGA